AGCAUGGCUCUGUAUAUCACAUCCCCAAAUACUACUAAUUUUCCCAGGAAAACAACCAUCUGCACCACUUUCUCCAGCCUCCUCCUCCUCCUCUCUCUCUCUCUCUCUCUAGAUCUAGAUCUCCAAUUUCCAACUCAACCCGGAUUCCCACCAGAAGAGCAAGAGCUAGAGCUAGACAGAAAACCAUGGAUCUCCCACCGGAAGAGCUCCAAUUCCUUACCCUAACAGACAUCCUAAAGGAAUCCACCUCCAUCCCAAAACAAUCCCCCAAAACCUUCUACUUCAUAACCCUAACCCUAAUCUUCCCGCUCUCCUUCGCAAUCCUCGCUCACUCCCUCUUCACCCACCCCCUCCUCUCCCAAAUCGACACCUCCGCCUCCCCGUCCUCCUCCCAGUGGACCAAGCUCCUCGCCUUCCAGUUCUUCUACCUCAUCUUCCUCUUCGCCUUCUCCCUCCUCUCCACCGCCGCCGUCGUCUUCACGGUCGCCUCCCUCUACACCUCCAAGCCCGUCUCCUUCUCCUCCACGGUCGCCGCCAUCCCGUCCGUCUUCAAACGCCUCUUUAUAACCUACCUAUGGGUCACCCUCACUAUGGUGAUUUACAAUGUUGUGUUUCUGGGGUUUCUCGUUCUCCUCAUGGUCGCGAUCGACACCGAGAAUGCGGCCCUGCUGGUCUUCUCGAUCGUUGUGAUCUUUGCGCUGUUUCUUGUUGUGCAUGUGUAUAUAACCGCGUUGUGGCACUUGGCUAGCGUGGUCUCGGUGCUCGAACCCGUCUACGGGUUCGCGGCGAUGAAGAAGAGUUAUGAGUUGUUGAAGGGUAGGACCCGGAUGGCGGCUUUGCUUGUUUUCGGGUACCUGUUGAUAUGUGGGUUGAUUAAUGGGGUUUUUGGGUCGGUGGUGGUUCAUGGGGGAUUUGAAUAUGGAGUGCUUGCGAGGAUUAUGGUUGGUGGGUUCUUGGUUGGGUUGUUGGUGAUUGUAAAUUUGGUGGGUUUGAUGGUGCAAAGUGUGUUUUACUAUGUUUGUAAAAGUUAUCACCACCAGGGGAUUGACAAGAGUGCUCUUUAUGAUCAUCUUGGUGGAUAUCUUGGAGAGUAUGUGCCCCUCAAGAGCAGCAUUCAGAUGGAAAACUUGGAUGUUUGAGAUACAUUGUGAGAGAGGCUAGCUGUGUGUACUUGCUUUUGUAUGCGAUGGAACGAUGGGCAAAGUCGAAACAUUUGAAAUGGCUGGGUUAGUUUUCUGUUUCAUGGUACUCUAAUUUGUUUGUCAGAAUAAGGAUUUGAUGUCGUCCUUUCUUUUUUCCCUCUUUUGUUGUAGAUUUUGCUCGGUGUAGUUUUGUGUUAUGGUCAAUGGUGGAAAUAUGGUGUUUAAUGAUUAUGGUGUCAACAGACAAUGGAUAGCUGAAAUUGAUUUUCUUGGUUCACUUUCUGGUGAAGCUAAUAUUACUCUGUCGAAUUUAUGUA